AUGAAAACCAUUGAAACAGCACGACUUAGCAAUGUGUUUCAAGGAGAUUAUAUUCAAAAAAUGGAAGAACUCCUUGAAUUGGUGAAACAACAAAUCAAUGAAAUCACACAGUUAAGAGUAACAAUUCGUGAGUUGGUACCAAAUCCUGGUGAGAAUCAAAGAGACUUUUCACGUCGAACAAUCGCUGAAUUGACUGCUCACAAUACUGCUAAUGAUUCACUUCAGAUUGAUAAAGCUGAAUUUGAGCGUUUACCAAAUAAACGAACUGAAUCACAAAUUAACGACCGAAUUCUCAGUGAAGUAUUAAAAACUUUGGAGAAAUAUUUAAAUGAAAAAUGA